AUGAGUGUCAUUACUGGUCGUCCUUCCAUGUUGCUCGCAGAAACUUCUUACCCAGAGGGUUUGAGUGACACCAAUAGACAGUCUAGAGUCAAAGGUUUUCACUUGAACGGACACUACUCAAAUGGAAGCCACUUCACAUCAGCACAAGGACUUGCCUAUGACCAGGGGCGAGAGAAUCGAAAGAUGCCAAGUCUGGCUAACAUUUUAGCCGUCAGUCCUAACCCCGUUGCGGAUACUUCAAAAUCUCCCAGCUCUGAUAGGCACCGAACACUUUCUCCACCAGCGUCAAGCGGUCAAGGCACACCCAUGGCGGGUGAACCCACCUAUGCAGCAGCCCCACGGCUUCCAGAAGCAGGUCUUCGGGAACAUGUUGUAGAUUUUAGAGUGCCACACUAUCAAAGCUCCAAAGGCCGCUGUCACAAGCUACCUGUUAAUACAAGAAAGCAUUCACUGGACUCUCUCAUGACUGCUGUUCGUGCGGUCGAAACGGCGACCCCGAAAACCCCUUCCUUUCACGUAGACCGCGAAUAUCAAGCAAAAGUGAGCAACAUCCUUCAGCUGAAGAACGGCAUUUCUGAGAGCCUUAAAAACUGGCCCAUAACGACGCAAAGUGAUGCCCAAGCACAAAAUUUGUGUCUUCUAGACUACCUUUCGGUGCAAGACGUAGGAAACGUACUUCAAAAGUCUGACAAACUCGCCUCAGAAGCUAGGGAACUGCUGCAGCUGAAACACGAAAGAGAACUGGCAGCAUAUAAAUUGACACCCACAGUUCAUGCGCCUGCAAACUAUACAUAUCGGCCGCGUUACGUGUCUUCCCUUCCUGUACCUCAAGCGAUGUUAGGUCGCGCACCAACAUUUGAAAGCCCUGCCGCUCCAUUUCACGGUCAUAUGCCAAUCUUACCACCAAAUGUGUUCCAACAACGCAAAAUGCCGGUGCUUCCAGCCGCGGAAGGCAUGGUACUUGUCAAAAGAGCACCUGAAUAUGCCCCUGCUCUAAAUGCGCCCGCUUACAACAAUUCAAGUUUGGUUCGCAUAGAUCCACCCACCAAUAUGAACCAAGUUGAGAAAACUUACAAUGCAGAAAACUCAACUUCCAUCAGAAGGACAUCUCAGCCCGAGAUGACAAGAGCCACCGCCAAAGGCUCCGUUUGGGAUGCGCGUUCAAGUGAGGGAUCCAGUAAUUCAUUGGAUAGCAUGGAGUGUGUUCACUGUGCAAGAACAGACACUCCUGAGUGGCGUCGAGGGCCUUACGGGAAUAGAACAGUGUGCAACGCUUGCGGCCUAUUUUACGGCAAAAUCGUGAAAAGAUUUGGCAUUCAGAAAGCCAACCUGUUGAUGCAUUAUCGCAGAAAUACCGUUCCUGAGGAUCGUAGGGUUCCCACACGCUUCUCGGUCCCAGAGUCCUUUGUCGAAAAGUUGCGAGCUGACCAGUCGCUAGACCACAAUUUCAGUGUUUUCUGA